AUGACACUCGCCGCAUUUUCUACCUGUACUCUCUCAGAUGCCCUCCUUAAAUUGGGCGUGGCCUCUGCUGGUCACUUUCCUGAUAUUGUUCGUUUCUCAGGACCAAAGAUCUGUGGCCCAGCUUACACCGUUAAGAUGGUCUACGCCACCGACAAAGAGGCUCCCAAGUUGGAUCAACAUUUCGUGGAUACUGCACCUUCGAACUCAGUUAUUGUCAUAGAUGCUCCUACACAUGCAAAGAAUGCAGUAUGGGGUGGUUUAAUGACCGCUGGUGCAAUAGCUCGGAACGCUUUAGGCGUUGUGAUUUCUGGUCGCUGUAGGGACCUUGCGGAGCAUCGCUCAUUGAAUUUCCCCGUGUUCGCCCGAGGUCAUUCAACUGUUGGCCAGUCUCCAUUUACUCGGCCGUCAGCAGUAAAUGUACCUUUAGAGAUCAGCCCCUUCGAUCCCUACGACGCGUAUUCUGUAGCCUCCCCUCAAUUUCCUUCCGUCUUCGUCAACCCGGGUGAUUGGAUCGUCGGUGACGAAGAUGGUGUUGUAUGUGUUCCAAAGGAGCUGGAAACGAGGGUCAUGGAACUGGCAGCAGAGUUAGUAAAGAUCGACGAUAGAUGCAUGGGAGAUAUCAAAGCAGGCAAAGGCAUCCAGGCGUCGUUCCAACUACAUAGAGGAAAAUGA